AUGUCGAGAUCCGGUGACAAGAAGCCAGUCGGCUUCGGCACGCAUAUAGUCGCGGGUGGUCUGGCGGGUGCUGCAGAAGCAUUAUGUUGCCAACCGCUCGACACUAUCAAAGUACGAAUGCAGCUCUCACGAUCAGGUAGCGCACCAGGGACCAAGCCCCGCGGUUUCUUCGCUACUGGCACCAUGAUUGUGCGUAGGGAGACACCUCUUGCCUUAUAUAAGGGUCUCGGUGCUGUCUUGUCCGGAAUCGUGCCCAAAAUGGCCAUUCGAUUUGCAAGUUUCGAGGCAUACAAGAACGCACUGGCAGAUAAGACCACCGGCAAAACGGCGACGGGCAAUAUCUUCCUCGCUGGUCUCGGUGCAGGGACUACAGAAGCUAUCUGCGUAGUGAACCCUAUGGAAGUCGUGAAGAUUCGUCUACAAGCGCAGAUGCAUUCACUGGCCGAUCCGAUGGAAACUCCUCGUUAUCGUAACGCCGCACAUUGCGCGUACACCAUUGUUCGAGAAGAGGGAUUUGGGGCCUUGUACCGCGGCGUAACGCUCACGGCGCUUAGACAAGCGACGAACCAGGGCGCGAACUUUACCGUUUACCAGGAGUUGAAGAAGGUCGCACUCAGAGUACAGGAUGUACCCGAGCUACCAUCGUACCAAGCUAUGGUCAUCGGCCUCAUCUCUGGGGCUAUGGGCCCCUUCUCCAAUGCACCCAUCGACACUAUCAAGACGCGCUUACAAAAGGCGUCAUUCGAGCCUGGCACGUCAGCCGCCUCCAAGAUCGCCAGCAUCGCACGCGAUAUGUGGGCAAGAGAAGGCGCACGGUCGUUCUACAAGGGUAUCACACCCCGUGUACUCCGUGUCGCACCGGGUCAAGCCAUCGUGUUCGCUGUGUACGAGCGCGUAAGGAGGGUGAUUGAGCAGAUGAACGCCGUCGAUGCCGACGGGGAUGUGUAUAGCGAGUAG